CUUAGGCUCUGUGACGCGCCACCGUCGCGCUGCUGUGCUGUGGACGACGCGUGUCCCGGGCCGGCGUCGGAAGCCCCGCCAGGAGUUACUGGAUCCUCUGAACACCAUCCCUGCAUCUCAGAUUAAAAAUCCGUAUUCUCAUCUGAACUGUGGGAAGAAAGGAUAGUUGGUGGGUGGUAUUCCUACUUGAAGGACACGAUGUUUUCCAGACUAGCUCAUCUGCAGACCAUUGCUGUGCUUCGGCGUGGAGUUCAUUCCUCAGUGGCUUUUGCUACGUCUGUUGCGACUAAAAAGACAAUCCAAGGCCCUCCAUCUUCCGAUUACAUUUUUGAGCGAGAAUCUAAAUAUGGUGCACACAACUAUCAUCCUUUACCUGUAGCCCUGGAGAGAGGAAAAGGUAUUUAUGUAUGGGAUGUAGAAGGCAGAAAAUACUUUGACUUCCUGAGUGCUUACAGUGCUGUCAACCAAGGGCAUUGCCAUCCAAAGAUUGUGAAUGCUCUGAAAAGUCAAGCAGACAAACUGACCUUAACAUCCAGGGCUUUCUAUAAUAAUGUGCUUGGUGAAUACGAAGAGUAUAUUACUAAACUUUUCAACUACCACAAAGUUCUUCCUAUGAAUACAGGAGUGGAGGCUGGAGAGACCGCUUGCAAACUUGCUCGUAGGUGGGGAUAUACUGUUAAGGGUAUCCCAAAGUACAAAGCAAAGAUUGUUUUUGCAGCUGGAAACUUCUGGGGGAGAACAUUGUCAGCUAUCUCCAGUUCCACAGACCCAAGCAGUUAUGAUGGUUUUGGACCAUUUAUGCCAGGUUUUGAAAUCAUUCCAUAUAAUGAUCUGCCUGCUCUUGAGCGUGUUCUUCAGGAUCCAAACGUUGCUGCAUUCAUGGUAGAACCAAUUCAGGGUGAGGCGGGCGUCGUCGUUCCAGAGCCCGGUUACCUGAUGGGCGUGCGAGAGCUGUGCACCCGGCACCAGGUUCUGUUUAUUGCUGAUGAGAUACAGACAGGAUUGGCCAGAACUGGAAGGUGGCUGGCUGUGGAUCAUGAAGGGGUCAGACCUGAUGUGGUUCUUCUGGGAAAGGCGCUUUCCGGUGGCUUGUACCCUGUGUCGGCGGUUUUGUGUGACGAUGAAAUAAUGCUGACCAUUAAGCCGGGGGAGCACGGGUCCACGUACGGAGGCAACCCGCUGGGCUGCCGAGUGGCCAUUGCGGCCCUGGAGGUUUUGGAAGAAGAAAACCUGGCCGAAAAUGCAGAGAAGAUGGGUAAUAUCCUGAGGAAUGAGCUCAUGAAGCUGCCGUCUGACAUCGUCACAGCUGUCAGGGGGAAAGGAUUGCUAAAUGCUAUUGUUAUUCGGGAAACCAAAGAUUAUGAUGCUUGGAAGGUGUGUCUACGACUUCGAGAUAAUGGACUCCUGGCCAAGCCGACCCACGGUGACAUCAUCAGGUUUGCCCCUCCGCUUGUGAUCAAAGAGGGUGAGGUUCAGGAGUCGGUGGAGAUCGUUAACAAGACCAUCCUGUCUUUCUGAGGGGAGGAGCCGUUCCCAGUGGUGCCCUGAGCCGGCUGGAGCCAGCAGUUCUUGUGAGCUCUGUAGCGUUCUUGUACCUCUCUGAGGCACGCGCCACUCCCCGGUGUCUUCACGGACUUUUUUUUAAUACACACUUCUUUUUUCAGUUCA